AUGGAGCGGGUGCGGAUGAUCAACGUGCAGCGCCUGCUGGAGGCGGCGGAGUUUUUGGAGCGCCGGGAGCGAGAGUGUGAACAUGGCUAUGCUUCAACGUUCCCCUCCAUGCCGAGUCCCCGGCUGCAGCACUCGAAGCCCCCACGGAGGCUGAGCCGGGCACCGAAACACAGCAGUGGGAGCAGCAACACCAGCACUGCCAACAGGUCCACACAUAAUGAGCUGGAAAAGAAUCGACGAGCUCAUCUGCGCCUGUGUUUAGAACGCUUAAAAGUUCUGAUUCCACUUGGACCAGACUGCACCAGGCACACAACACUUGGUUUGCUCAACAAAGCCAAAGCACACAUCAAGAAACUUGAAGAAGCUGAGAGGAAGAGCCAGCACCAGCUUGAGAACUUGGAACGAGAACAGAGAUUUUUAAAGCGGCGACUGGAACAGCUGCAGGGUCCUCAGGAGAUGGAGCGAAUACGAAUGGACAGCAUUGGAUCAACUAUUUCUUCAGAUCGUUCUGAUUCAGAGCGAGAGGAGAUUGAAGUGGAUGUUGAAAGCACAGAGUUCUCCCAUGGAGAAGUGGACAAUAUCAGUACCACCAGCAUCAGUGACAUUGAUGACCAC